AUGACAGAGGAGAGUGGGGAUGCUUUUGUUUUGCGCUACCAGGACACAAAGGAGAGGGCAACCAACAACACGCCAAUGACACUACUCCAUUGCGCCUGGUCAUGGCACGUGCUCCCUUCUAACCGAUGGGCAUUGCUAGCAUAUGAUUACUUGCACUACAGAAUACCCAGCAGCGGCCACACAACACCGUCACCGCCUCAAUCGCCGCUUCGUUCACCUAGGUACCGUCACGGAAGUGGAGGAGGAGGCCGGUCCAAGCCUGGCCGGUUCACCCCUUCUUCCUAUCCGCCUGGACGGUCCCUCGCACACCGCCUCGCUUGGUUCCUCCUUUCUCUCCUCCUCCGCCGCCAGGGGAUUUUCCUUUUCGCUCCUCUCAUUUAUAUUUCUGGUAUGCUUUUGUACAUGGGAACGGUAUCGUUCGAUGUUGGCCCUAUAAUUGACCAUAAGCCCGCUCCUGGUUCGGUUUAUCGGAGCCCUCAGAUUUAUGAGAAGCUUCGACCGGAAAUGGAUUCCGAUAAUUCCUCUACUGAUGCGUUGCCUGCUUUCUUCUGCCAAAAGAAGCUGGGCAUCAUUGAAUCUGGGUAUUCUGGUAUUUGUAUGGUUAAUGAUAGCUUACCGGAUUCAAAUGGUUACAUCUAUGUUGAGGCAAAUGGUGGCCUGAAUCAACAGAGGACUUCGAUAUGCAAUGCGGUUGCUGUGGCAGGCCUUCUUAAUGCAACUCUUGUCAUUCCUAAGUUUCAUUAUCAUAGCAUCUGGAGAGAUCCUAGGCCGGUUUUAAUUACAAAUGCUCAGAUUUCCCAAUUUGGUCAAAACCAGAAGAAGCUGCUUAGUGUACUGUUAAAAUGCACGCUGAAAUCAAAUGAACUUACAACAGCUCAUGCUCAUGCAAUGCCUAUUCCUGAAUAUCUUAUGGAGCGUUAUGAUAACAACUUGACGAAUGUCCAGAACUUCCGAGUAAAAGCAUGGGCACCCGUUCAGUAUUACAGAGAUGUUGUCCUUCCAAGGCUAUUAGAAGAAAGGGUCAUAAGGAUUUCUCCUUUUGCAAAUCGCUUAUCUUUCGAUGUUCCUCCAGCUGUCCAACGGCUAAGAUGUUUGGCAAAUUAUGAAGCUUUGAGGUUCUCAAAUCCAAUAUUAACUAUGGGAGAAACAUUGGUUGCAAGAAUGAAAGAACGCAGUGCGAGCCAUGGUGGAAAGUAUAUUUCUAUUCAUCUUCGCUUUGAAGAGGACAUGGUUGCUUUCUCUUGCUGCGUAUUUGAUGGUGGAGAGCAGGAAGCUGUAGACAUGAAAGCAGCAAGGGAAAGAGGUUGGAAAGGAAAAUUUACGAAGCCUGGUCGAACUAUACGUCCUGGGGCAAUUAGGCUCAAUGGGAAGUGUCCCCUUACUCCUUUAGAGGUUGGCUUGAUGCUUAGGGGCAUGGGUUUUGAUAAAAACACUUAUAUCUAUUUGGCCUCUGGAAAGAUUUACAAUUCUGAAAAAUACAUGGCCCCUCUGUUGGAAAUGUUUCCAAAUCUGUUAACUAAAGACAUGCUGGCAUUGGAUGAGGAACUUGAUCCAUUCAAGAAUUAUUCGUCCAGGAUGGCUGCAAUAGACUACACGGUGUGUCUUCACAGUGAGGUCUUUGUGACAACUCAGGGUGGCAACUUCCCCCAUUUUUUGAUGGGCCAUAGAAGAUUCUUGUAUGGUGGACACUCAAAGACAGUCAGGCCAGACAAGCGAAAGCUAGCAUUGCUCUUUGAUAAUCCGAAAAUCGGAUGGAAGAGCUUCAAGCGACACAUGCUGAAUAUGCGGUCUCACAGUGAUUCUAAAGGAUUUGAACUCAAAAGGCCUAAUGACUCCAUAUAUUCCUUUCCAUGCCCAGAUUGCAUGUGCCGUGUGAACAGAACAGAAGAUUCAAGAUCAUCUUCAGCGACGCAAACCAUUAUUGACGAUGAUGAUAUGUACCGAUGCUACACAAAGGAGGCAUAUAGACUCGAGGACAAAGCAAAACUGUGUGAGCUGAGUUACUAUAGUUUGCAAGCGUGA